CCUUGAGCUUUUCGGCGCAAUACUUCAGCAUCAAUUUGUUACCCGCGUCUCAGUUUCUUCUUCUUUCUUCCACAUUUUUUUUUUUUUUGCAGUCAAGUAUGCGAUUGGGGGCGAUCCUCUCGGGGUAUAGGCUCAUUCAAGCAUUUCGUCGAACAGUUUCUAGCACUUCUUCGGUGGUCAAUACAAUCCCCUUUCGAUUCAACUUUCUUUGCACUCAAAUCCCCGAUAACUCAUCGGGGAAAGUUUUAGAGUCAGAAUUGGAGGGACCCAAGUGCUUAUCUUUGAGAAUUGAGAGAAUACCGAAGGGAGAAACGGUUGGGUACGCCUUCAGGAGCUGGAUGGGCGAUGGCUUUCCUAUUCAUCGUGGCGACAUUUUUCAUGCUAUCAAUCGCCUCAGGAAGCUCGAAAGGAACAAGCACGCGCUUGAGGUUAUGGAGUGGGUGAUCAGGGAGAAACCAUAUCGGAUAAAUGAAUUGGACUACUCCUAUUUGCUGGAAUUUACAAUCAAACACCAUGGCAUAUCACAAGGUGAGAAGCUCUUUUCUAACAUCCCUGUGGAAUUUCAAGGAGAGUUGCUCUUCAACAACCUUGUGAUUGCAUGUUUAGAUAAGGGAGCUAUUAGACUUUCACUGGCUUACAUGAGAAAAAUGAGGGAAGUUUCCCAUCGGAUAUCACACUUAGUUUUUAACCGCCUCAUUAUACUCCACUCGUCUCCCCGUCGUCGAAAAAUUAUCCCGAAAAUUCUUACUCAGAUGAAGGCUGAUAAAGUGCCAUUACAUGUUUCUACAUAUAACAUUCUUAUGAAAAUAGAAGCCAAUGAACACAAUAUUGAAGGGUUGAUGAAGGUAUUUGGUGAUAUGAAACGAGCUAAUGUUGAACCAAAUGAGGUGUCUUACUGCAUAGUAGCUACUGCACAUGCCGUGGCAAAGUUGUAUACUGUAGCUGAAGCCUACACCGAGGCUAUUGAAAAAUCUAUAGCUGGGAGUAAUUGGUCGACCUAUGAUGUCCUAAUCAUCUUGUAUGGCUAUUUGAAGAAGGAGAAAGAGCUAGAGAGGACUUGGGGUACCAUACAAGGAUUACCCCACAUCCCAUCUAAAAGUUUUAUACUAGCCAUUGAAGCAUUUGGUAAAAUUGGUUUACUAAGCCGAGCAGAAGAGCUCUGGUUAGAGAUGAAAACCAAAAGAGGAAUUAAAGCCACAGAUCAACUCAAUUCUAUUUUAUCUGUGUAUUGCAAACACGGUUUGAUUAAAAAGGCAACAGAAAUCUUUAGGGAAAUUGAAGCAAAUGGGUGCGAACCAAACGCCAUAACCUUUCGAAACUUGGCUUUAGGCUGCUUGAAAGCUGGCUUGGUGGAGGAAGGCAUGAAAACACUAGAUCUUGGAUCAAAUAUAAGAAGCAGCAGCAGGAGAAUUAGAAUGUCAACUCCAUGGUUGGAAACCACUCUUUCAAUGAUUGAAAUUUUGGCAGAGAGGGGAGACGUUGAAAAUACUGAAAAGUUAUUCGAGGAACUCAAGGAAGCGAAGUAUACAAGGUACACAUUCGUUUACAACACUUUGUUAAGGGCUUACGUGAAGGCCAAGAUUCACAAUCCAAAUCUUUUGAGGAGGAUGAUCAUAGGAGGAGCUAGGCCUGACUCUGAAACCUACAGUUUGAUCAAACUUACUGAGCAGUUUCAAAGCUAAAAAAAAUGUUUGAACCAUUUAUACAAUUUCAACGGUGUUUCUUUGAUCAAGAAGUUGAUCUCAUGGUGGCCACCUACUUAAUUUUUGAUAUUCUAUGAGUUUCUUUGACAAUUAUGGUUGGAUGUUGAGAUUAGUCCGAUGCAUCAGACACCCGUGGAUAAUAUAUUGCUAGAUUCACCCUGUCAGGCGUCGGCAGUCUUCUUCCAAGCAGAUAAGCUGUGGGUACCUCGUGGCCACUUGGCUGACAUGGUUGGUUAACUCACGAGUAGCUACGCCGCCCACAAUGCAGACUUCUCAAGUCCAAGAGAGAAGUCAAAUCUCAAAAGUAAGUUGUCAUCAACUUUGAUGGAAUGGGGGGGAAAUUUUGGACAUUAUAAUCCUGUCCAUGAUUUGGAGUGUUUGGUUUCUGGAUUUCACAAACCCUGAGAAGAAACAAGGACACCCCUUUUCACUGCACACAAAGCAUACCCUCUCAUGUGUUAGAGGAAUAUUAGGAGGAGUAGUCCCACAUUGACUAUUAAGAGGAAGAUCACGAGUUUACAAAUAAGGAACACUAUCUUCGUUGGUAUGAGACCUUUUGGGAAACCGAAAGCAAAACCAUAAGAGUUUAUGUUCAAAGUGAACAAUAUCAUACCAUUAUAGAGGUUCGUGGUUCCUAACAUUCAUCACAUCCUCAAAAUGAAGAAUUUCCACCCCAUUAUUUGAUCAUCAUAUUUAAGCCCGAGGAAGCCACGAGACCACAAAAUGAAGUACAAGGGAAAGUAUUUACCAACAAUCACAAGAAAGAAAACAACGAAGACAGGACAGAAUUAUUUGCAGCACAGACUUUUUUAUUCAGCUCUUUUGUUGUCUUUUGUAGAGUAAAGGGAUGAAUAAGCAGACAUUGUCGGUCCCUUCUCGUGACAUUAUUUCCUCUACUUGGUUCAAGCAAGAGCCAAUUAUUUGAUAAGAAUUUUAUAAGUCA